CUGUUGCUGCUGUCAAUUGGGUAGCAACGGCUAGUUGGGUUGGGUGCGCUUUUGAGCCUUGUUUUGGCCCUUCUGUUUUGGGCUGCUGGUUGGUCUUUUGGGCUGCUGCCCCUCCUCUUUGUACAUUUUUCCUUAUUACUAUAUUUCUCUAUGAAAAAAAGAAAAAAAAAAAACUAAAAUAAAAUUAUAAAUUUUAAUUACAUGGUACAAAUUCAGUCCCAAAUUAUGAAGCCACGGACACUGACACUUCACCGACACUUUUUUUUGGACACUUUCAAACAUUUGUAACACAAGCUUAAUAUUAGUACUCAAUACAUGUUUUAUAGUCGUGUCUUACUUUUUUUAAAUUUGGUGUAUGGACAUAUCCGGACACGCUACAUAGCUCCCCAAUCAAAUUUUCCGACUCCAGAUCUCUUUUAAGUUUCUUGGUUGUCUCUCUCCCUAGCUCCUCUCCAACUUCAUCCUCCAAUUUACAGCAGGCAUGGCUUGCUGCUCCAAACCACAAGCAGAUAUGGACUGCACAGAGUUUAAGAUCAAUCUUAUUUCAGCCAGAAAUCUUAAACCUGGAAAAUUCUUCAGUAUGCAAGUUUAUGCAACAGUUUCAAUCAGUGAUGACCCCAGCUCAAAGAAACAAACCCCGGUGGACGAUCAAAACGGGAUCAAUCCUGCAUGGAAUUUCACCACUGUAUACGCCAUAGAUGAAACCGCCGUCAGACAUGAUUGCACCGCCCUUAUCAUCAAGUUAUACUGUCAAAGGUGGAUUGGGGACCGAUACAUCGGUGAGGUUCAUGUGUCGUUGAAGGAGCUCUACAAACGAGCUCGUAAAGGCUGCAGCUUUAGCAACACAGUGGAAUACAGUGUGAGAAAAGGAUCAGUAUUUUCAAUGGGAAAGGUGAGAUUUUCGUACGGGUUUCGGGGAACCUUGGUUAAUGUGGAUGGUGAAAAACCUUCUUCCUGUAACGGAGGAUUUCGUGAUGUAGCUAUAGUAGUUUUGAAAGUUUCACUUAAAUUUAUUUUUGGUAUUGAUAUUACAAUAUAAGUCAUAUAUGCACAAAAAAACAUUCUUCUUUCUGUGGAUUGAUCAAUAUAUUGUAGAACUAUA